AUGGCAUCGCGCUCGCUCCUCGACAGACUCGAGGAACUCUGCAACGUCGACGUCGACGAUGUAGACACAGAGCUCAUCAAGAGCCUGCCUUUCACUCCCCACAACCAGACUUCGAAUCAAGCUGUCAUCACGGGCGAGUUGCUGAAACCCGAGAAUAAGACGCUUCUAGAAGAGCUUGUUGACAAGUAUGGCAAAGAAGGCUGGGAGAAGGUGUACGACAUGGCGGCGGUCACCCUGUGUGCCAGAAAUGUUCCAUACUUGUCUGGGCGUGUGCUUGUCCAGACUUCCCUUCGUUAUGUGAAUGACCGCGCCGCCAUCAUCAAACAAUGUCACCAGUAUGCCGACGCAUUUGAGAAGGCCGGUGUUUCAAGAGAUCGUUUCGCCAUCAAGCUGCCCUUUUCUGGUGCUGCGGCUUCGGCGGCCGUUGACCUAAACGCCCAAGGCAUUCGGACACUGGCGACGGCUGUCUUCUCUCUUGAACAAGCCAUCGCUGCAAGCCAGUCAAACUGUCUGUUCAUCAGCCCAUAUUACAAUGAGAUUGCCGCGCAUUUGGAUCCGUCGCUACGCCCACAGGUCAAAGACCCAGCUCUCGAGCAUCCGAUGUCAGCCCGCGUAAUACACAUCCUCAAGACAUUUGCGCAAGCCUAUGUGCAGACAGGAAAGGAGCAGCCGAUUAUGGUUAUCGCGAGCCAUUUCAAUGUUGCAGAGAUUCUGGCGAUGGCCGAACUGGGCUGCCAACAUGUCACCGUGCAAGGCCACAAUCUCAAGAAGCUCAUGGAGACACCUGAUACUCUUCCUCCGGUAGUCAAUAAGAAGCCCAAGCAUCCGUAUGCUAAGUUCACCGUCGCAGAGCGCCUGAAGACAUUGGAAGCUCUGGAUCCGCUUUCAGGACCUGAAUGGAAUGGAUUGCUCGCCACAAUGGACACAGACUUUGUGGUGGACGGCGGUGACAAGGUUGACAAAUUCAUCGCCGAGAAUUCAGUGCUGAAUAGAAGGUUCGGAGAUGCUUGUAAAUUUUUCCUCGAGGCCGAAGGAAAAGCCAAGUCAGCUAUUGAAAAUGUUAUGGCGGGGAAAGGCAUAUAA